GAAGGGAAGGGCGCUGCGGCUAGUGGCGGGCGGGAUUCGCGUUCCGAGACCCACGGGAGCACGAACUUUCCGCGCACCCUCACGCGCACAGCGACCGGGACCGUCCAGUGUCCGUCUUUGCCUUCGGGUACCCCGUAGAGGAGCGUGCGGAGUGUGGCCGGCGGCCACGCGGAGGCGGCGAGGAGCAGCGCGGCAGGACAAAGUGGGGCAGUCAUCUUCUAAACCAGAAAACCUAGCCCGGACUGGGUUUUCAUCUCAAUCGAGAAGCCAACCAGAGCAUGGUUUUGGGCUUCAACUGCUAAUGAACGAUAUUAACUCGUCCUUGGAAAGCCUUAACUCAGCUUGCAACAUGCAGUCCGACACUGACACUGUGCCCCUUCUUCAGAAUGGCCAGCAUGCCAGCAACCAACCAGCAGCCUCGAGCUCUCGGAGCCUGCAGCCGCAGGCGUCCCCGAGGCAGAAAGUGCAGCGUUCCCAACCUGUGCAUAUUCUUCCUAUCAGGUGGGCCCAGAGAAGUGAGCUUUGGAUUUUUCAAAGGAGGAAAGGAAGGAGAGGUGACCCUGGAGAAGUGCCAAGGAGUACAGAGGAAAUGUUGAAUCGGCGUCUUCAGGAGGAAGACCAACAAUUCAGAACUUCAUCUCUUCCAGCUAUCCCUAACCCAUUCCCGGAGCUCUGUGGAGGGGCUGGGAGCCCUCCAGCUGCUGCUCCGAGCUCCUUACCUCCUCCUCCAAGCCAGCCCCCUACCAAGCAGGAUGUUAAAGUCUUUAGUGAAGAUGGGACAAGCAAAGUGGUGGAGAUUCUAACAGACAUGACAGCCAGGGACCUGUGCCAGUUGCUGGUCUACAAAAGUCACUGUGUGGACGACAACAGCUGGGCUCUGGUGGAGCACCACCCCCAACUGGGCUUAGAGAGGUGCCUGGAGGACCAUGAGAUUGUGGUCCAAGUGGAGAGUACCAUGCCAAGUGAAAGCAAAUUCUUAUUCAGAAAGAAUUAUGCAAAGUACGAGUUCUUUAAGAAUCCAGUGAACUUCUUCCCGGAUCAGAUGGUCACUUGGUGCCAGCAGUCCAAUGGCAGUCAGGCCCAGCUUCUGCAGAAUUUUCUGAACUCCAGCAGCUGCCCUGAGAUUCAAGGGUUCCUGCAGGUGAAGGAGCUUGGAAGAAAGUCUUGGAAGAAACUGUAUGUGUGCCUGCGCAGAUCUGGCCUCUAUUACUCCACCAAGGGGACUUCAAAGGAACCCAGACACCUGCAGCUGCUGGCUGACCUGGAGGAAAGCAGCAUCUUCUACCUGAUUGCUGGAAAGAAGCAGUACAAUGCACCCAAUGACCAUGGGAUGUGCAUCAAGCCAAACAAAGCAAAAAUUGAGAUGAAGGAGCUGCGUCUGCUCUGUGCUGAGGAUGAGCAGAUCCGUACUUGCUGGAUGACAGCCUUCAGACUCCUCAAGUAUGGAAUGCUCCUGUACCAAAACUAUCGCAUCCCUCAGCAGAGGAAGGCUUUGCUCUCUCCUUUCAACACCCCUGUGCGCAGCGUUUCUGAAAAUUCUCUGGUGGCAAUGGAUUUUUCUGGACAGACCGGAAGAGUGAUCGAUAAUCCGGCUGAAGCUCAGAGCGCUGCCCUGGAAGAGGGCCAUGCCUGGCGGAAGCGAAGCACAAGGAUGAAUAUUCUAAGCAGCCAAAGCCCCCUUCAUCCUUCUACCCUGAAUUCGGUGAUUCACAGAACUCAGCAUUGGUUUCAUGGACGUAUCUCCCGUGAGGAGUCCCACAGGAUCAUCAAGCAGCAAGGUCUCGUGGACGGGCUGUUCCUGCUCCGUGACAGCCAGAGUAAUCCAAAGGCGUUUGUACUGACUCUGUGCCACCACCAGAAGAUUAAAAACUUCCAGAUCUUGCCCUGCGAGGAUGAUGGGCAGACAUUCUUCACUCUGGAUGAUGGGAACACCAAGUUCUCCGACCUGAUCCAGCUGGUCGACUUUUACCAGCUCAACAAAGGUGUUCUGCCCUGCAAGCUGAAACACCACUGCAUCCGCGUGGCCUUGUGACCUCCUUGCCCUCUCUCGGAGGCUGGAGGCAGCAACACUGGAACGGAGAGGAGACGCCUGCAUGAGGGAGAGAACACACACCUGCUCCCACCCAAGGACUCAGAACAACAUGGCUUUUCGAUCGGUGCCAACCGACCAACAUCAAUUAGUUAUUUGGACUUCACAAAGAUUUGCCGCUGCGGAUCAAGCAGGACCACCUCCCUCUGCGUCAGCCAUUUAAAUUGGGGGAGGGUUGAGAUCCAGUGCAAGUGUGGGAAGAAACUGGAAUGAUGAUUUUUGAUUAGGCCACGUAGGGUGAAAACCGCAGAGAAAUGAUUGGAAAUGAACUCUUGCCCUGGAAUAAUCUUGACAAUUAAAACCGCGAUGUUUACUUUUU